AACAUCUACAUAUAGCGUGGCUGUGUGUGAGAUGGCAAGUAAGCUGAUUCUUGAUGGUGCAAAUCGCUCCUCAUAGCCUUCAUGCGCUAUCUUAGUAAGGUGUGCAAUUAGAUUGCUAUCGUUGACAUCAAGAAAAAUGAUGUGAGAUAUAUGAAGUGCGUCAGUAAAAUAGAAUCAUACAUAUGUAGUUUUUUAGGGUGUCGUCCAAGUCUCGGAACACCACUCCCCGAAAUAUCUUGCUAUCUACAGUGCCUCAAAAUACUCGAUACGCGACGCAGAAGUUGUAUAUAGCUGCCUUUGAGUCUUUUAGAUUGUGAAAAUUAUCAGCAAUUGACUGCCUGCAGCCUCUCUCCUCUAUCCAAAGACACGUUGAUGAGCCCGUGAUAGUUAUUCAUCUCUAUCUUUACUACAAACAUAAUGCAUUCUCCACAUAUACUCAUCUUUACAUCGACUGUUUCAGCCUUUUCGCUCCCGUUCCUUAGUCUCCCUCGGUCCGUCUCGAACCUUUUUGCGCCCGAAGUAGAGGCACGUGAUGGUCCAAGAUGUCCAGCAGUUUGGAAUCAGGUUUCGGAAGAGCUAUCGACCCUGUUCCUUUCCAACGGUCAAUGCAAUGACGAUGCGCGCACUGCUAUCCGACUCAACUUCCAUGAUUGCGGGGCUUGGGAAACAUCACUCGGGGCUACUGGUGGGUGUGAUGGAAGUAUCGUGCUGAACGAAGAGGAGAAUGCGCGCAGUGAGGAAUCGUGGACUUCAGGAUAUCUCCAUCAAGAUCAAGAAUUUGGCUACCAAAUACGAGACAUGGUGGUCUUCGCAGGUGCCCAUGCCACUGUGACGUGCCCUAUGGGACCAGUCAUCAGAACCUGGAUUGGGCGUAACGAUUCCACGACCGCAGCGCCAGAAAAUUUGUUACCCGACGUCUUCGCGUCCGCCGACUCCAACUACGCCUUGUUUCAAGCCAAAGGAUUCGACGCUGCCGAUCUCGCUGCUCUUCUCGGCGCACACACCACCUCGAGGCAAAGGUUCGUAGAUGCUAGCAAGGCUGGACAAUCUCAAGACAGCACCCCUGGUGUUUGGGACGUCAAAUACUAUUCGCAGACGACAGCCCCACCAGAUGGCGUUUUUGUACUCCCUUCCGACGCCAAACUCGCCGUUCACCCUGUUGUCGGGAAGCAGUUUGCUGGUUUCAUCAACGGCCAGGGAAAGUGGACUGGAAAAUACGCUGAUGCGAUGGGGCGCAUGAAUUUGCACGGCGUUGUGGGCACUGAUGGCUUGGCCGACUGCACCGGAGCCUUACCUAGGUCAACGUCCAUGAAGCGAGAAAUGCGCGGAAUGGGAAUCAAUGAGAGAGCAGCAUAG